GUGGUUCACACUUUGCAUUUAGAAUUCGUCUGAAGCGGACGCUUCGGGAUUCGAUGCUUAGUCAUCGUUAUACACAGUACAGUUAUAACUGUACAUUGGUUUUAAUUCUGUAUUUUUAAUACACGUGUUUUAAUUUACAGUUGGUGGGGACACCAACUUCGGAAGUACAACCUGGCAUAUAGAGUCGUACUCUGCCAUUUCGAUUAAAGUCCAAAAAAAAAAAAAAAUUUGUGGUUGCGGUUAGACAUGAAUUCUGGUCGGUUUCAAUUGUGAUAGCAAAAUAAAUACCAAAUGCUCGAGACCAAAUAACACUUGUUAUGUGAUAAAAAUUAGUUACAAAGUUUUCGGAAGAAGAAACCACAAUUUUAAAGAUUUUGCGGCAUAUCUGUAGCAUUAAAGUAUGGAAUCGCUCUAAAAACGCUUUGUCAACAAAAUUAUGAAAAAAUUGCUGAGAAUACCACGGAGCAACGCUAUUUCGUUUUACAAAUAUAAUAAAAGCUGCCAGUAAAAUGACUCAACCAACUAUCUGCCGUUUAUGCAUAAAAAAAAGCACUGAAGUCCACAAUCUCUAUGAUAACCGCGAGCACCAGAAUGAGUUCUAUAAAAUUGCUAUUAAAUUUUUCCACCCUAUGUUUUUGAGUCUGCUACCAGAUGGAUAUGUCGCAGCGAUUUGUGUGAAAUGUUGGCAGCGAAUUUUCGAAUUUCACACUUUUCAAGAGUCCAUAAUUGCAACGCAAACUAAAUUUAUGCAAUGGGAAAACAAAGCUAGACCCAAUACUCAAAUCGGCGAACAAGCUAAUGCCAUUUAUGGUGGGAACAUCGACAAUUACAACUCUGGGGCUGUAGUAGUGAAUGAAGCUGAAGAUAGCCCUGAGUUCAUAGCUGUAAAUAGUGCAACUGGUCCAACUGAAGAAUGUGGAGCUAUACAUGCGGGAUCUCUAUCCGAAGCUAUGGAUGGAAAUGCCAACAAUUUUAUGUUGGGACUUGGAAAUGCGGCACCAGAAACAUUUAAUCAAUGCAUUAAGAGUUCUCCAAAAGAUUAUGGCUCCGAAGACACUGCGAACGCCUUUAACUCGAAUCAAUACUCAAUUUCUCUACCAGCAUUGGAACUAAUAGAUAUUAAUCACAACAAUGAGGCCACUUCAAAUUUAGAGAUGACUCCUUACAGCGACCAAAUGGCAGAUAUCCAAAGUGAGACACAAUUGCCUGAAACUUCAAACCACAUGGAAGAUAAUACUCAAGCGACACCAGAAGUAAUUUUACUGUCAUCCGAUGAUGAUGGUGAACCAGAAGAGUACGAAGAGCCAGUGGGAUAUUUUACCGGAGGUGAUUUUUACUAUGACAAUAAAGAACCAUCGCAGUUAGGAACAGAAGCAGAUAAUAAUAGUCUUAGUGCAAAUUCACCAUUUCAAGUAAUGGAAAACUCUAGCAGUCUACUGGAAAAUAAGGCCGAUGAUAUUUCUUUAAACACUUCUAUAGCAGAGUCGGAAAGAGAUCUUAAAUCGACAAGGAAGUGGCUCUUGGAUAAUCAGUGCGGAUUAUGCCUUCAGACCUAUGAAUCCAUGGAGGCCUUGCAAAUACAUUUCCAGGAAGUCCAUCCCAAAAAUGUUUUCCAUAUUCAAUGCUGCCAAAGCAAACUGUAUACUGAAGCUCAAAUCGAAGCGCACAUCCAACUUCAUACCAAUAUUUCGUCUCUCAAUGUCACCAGCAGAGAUGAGCUAGACCUUAUCAUAGCUCAAUGGCGGCCACAUUUGGAAUGUCCAGAAUGCAAUGCAGUUUACGACAAUUUUAAACUGAUAAAGCAGCACUUUAAUGAAUCUCACCAGCCCUUUGCUUGCCAUAUACGUUGCUGUAAUCAAAAAUUGAAGCAACGAGAAUCCAUUAAGAAUCAUAUCCAAUAUCACCUGAAUCCCAGCAUACACAAGUGUCUCACAUGCAAAAGGACUCAUGUCAGUAAAUUGCAUUUAUAUUGCCACGCUAUUCAACGUCGUCAUAAUAAAAAGGGCCUUGAAGUCGACGCGCCCUUAGGAAUAUCACGAAAGCAAUUCGAAGAAAUAUUUUCUCAAUGGCUGCCCACUGUAAUAUGUGAUAUAUGCAAGGAGACUUGCAGUUCGCUUACCCAGCUUCAGGAGCAUUUCCUUGACAAACAUCCCAACGAUCAUUGGUUCAUCAAAUGUUGCCAAUACAAGAUCAAAAAUCGCCACCACAUAGAACAACAUAUGCUCUAUCACAAGGACCCCGAUAUAUUUGUUUGCCACUUGUGUGGCAAGCAGCACAUAACAGGGGCACAUCUUGAUGGUCACAUGUACCACAGACAUACGGAGCCAAAUGAAAGCUGCAGCAAUGUUACACAGAAGCCUUCCUCCACAUCUGAAGAACCCAUAGUCAAACAAUGGCAAGCAAAUUCGGAAUGUGUGGUUUGCCAUGAACUUUACCCUGGGGUUGAUCUGCUGAGGGAGCAUUUUCAUCAGAUGCAUCCCAACGAAGAGUUUCGAAUUCUUAAAUGUCGUUUCAAAUUAAAGCACAAUAAAGGCACUGAUGAAGCAGCAACCACCUCGGAGUCUUUGAAGACGAACAUGGCCACUCUCAAUGCUCAGACAUACAAAACAGAUGUGGCAAUAAAUGCCCAUCAACAAAGCGCUGGGAAACCCAUCUCGGCAGCCAAGAGUCGCAAAUCAUUUCAGGAAAAUGAUUUGUUCAUAGCUCAAUACGAGCCCAUGCUGAAUUGUGCUCUUUGCAGUGACAAAUUUGCCAAUUUUGCUUCGCUCCAAGCUCAUUUUGGUUGCGAGCAUCCCUCUGAGGAGUGUCAUAUUGUUUGCUGCCAACGUAAAUUUAGCCUGCGCUGCACAAUUGCCGAGCACAUAAGCCUACACUUGGAUAACAAAAUCUUCAGGUGUGACCUAUGCUUGACAUGCUACAUAAGUAAGAAUCAAUUGCAAAGGCACAUCAACCAAUUCCAUCGCACUGCGGACGCCAAAGUGCUAAGGCGACAAUUAAAUACCAGAAAAUCUCAGGUUAGAAUCAGCAAUGAGGAAAUCGACGAUUUCAUAGCUCUGCAUUGGUCCACAUUAUCAUGUGGUUUAUGUAGUAAAGCCGUCGAAAAUUUUACACAACUGCAAGAACAUUUCCUCUUGGAUCAUGCCGAGUCUCAGGCUUUUAUUGAGUGCUGCGAACGUCAGCUAAAAACACGCUUUGCAAUAGAGGAACAUAUUAUGCUGCAUCUCGAAGCACAUGCUUUCAAAUGUGAUCUUUGUGGAGAGUCUUGUGCCAGCAGGAUUGCCUUGUAUCAACACAAUCAAUCUCAACAUCCAUUCCCUGCAAGUGGGGUGUUCACUCAGCCAGUGAAAAACGCAGACCCUAGUAAAGGUGUUAAGAAAAGGCUGAGACUAUGUAUGCUUCGAGCAAAUAGACAAAAUGAGAAGAAAACAGACAGGUUAAUAGCGCAGUGGCAUGCCCAGUUGGAAUGUGACAUUUGUGGAGAAACCUGUUCCACUUUUACCCUGCUGCAAAACCAUUUUCGCCAGCGUCAUCCCCAAGAGGAGUGUUACGUUAAGUGUUGCCAGGAACGCUUGGAGCACAGUCAGCUAUUAGUGCACAUACGCCAGCAUAUGCCGCAAAGCUCAACAAAGCUCAACCCCAAAAAAAGAAGGAAGCGCAAAGAACUGGAUGCCUUUAUAGCCCAAUACGAGCGUGAGCUCGUGUGUGUGAUAUGUACCCAGACGUGUGGCAGUUUUACCAUACUACAAAAUCAUUUUCGCCGAAACCAUCCUGACAGCGAGUUCUUCAUUUCUUGCUGUGGUCGCAAGUUCAAAGGGCGUUUCCACAUAGUGGAACACAUAAGGCAUCAUGUCGAUCCGAAUGCCUUUAAGUGCAAAGUUUGUGGUUUCAAGUACACCAGUUGGGCAAGUUUUCACAACCACAUGGCCAGGGUGCAUAGCAGUAAAGGCAAUAAAAGCACUGCUAUGGACUUGAAAAGUGCAGCAGAGCUGGAUAGUGUAGUUUCCCUGUGGCUACCACAGCUGCAAUGUGAGGUCUGCAAUGAAAGCUAUCAACAAUUUUCACUUCUCUAUGAACACUUUCGCCUGCAACAUCCCACGCAGCAGUGUCGCAUCGCAUGUUGUGAUAGAAAAUUAGAAACACGCAAAGAAAUUGAAAAUCACAUCAAUUCUCACUUUGCGGCGGAUUCUUUAAGUCACUCAGAUGCUGACGAAGGAGAGGACUUAGAUUUGCUUGAACCAAUCGGAAGAAAAUCAACCAACCAUAGAACCUUUAAAAUUCGCCGCAGACACUCAUCUUUACGGGAAGAAGAUAAGGAUCCAGAUUAUAUUGAGCCCAAGAGGGGAAAAUCCAUAAGUAGACCCAACGGACGCAAAACAUUUAAAGAAUACGAUGAGAUCAUCGCCAAAUGGAAACCCACUCUUGAAUGUGUCGCCUGCCAUGAGACCUAUGCUAGUUUUUCACUUUUGCGCAAACAUUUCCUGGCCAACCAUCCCUUAGAGGAAUUUGCCAUUGAAUGUUGUGACCGCAAAUUUAAUAAUCGCUAUACGAUGGGAGAGCAUGUUCGACUGCACCUUGAUCCAAAUGCAUUUCAGUGUAGCGUUUGUGGAAAGUGCCAUUCGGGGAGAAGUCCAUUAUUUGUGCACAUCUAUUCAUGCCAUCCAGAAAUGGAUGUUCGCUUUUCAGAUGUUGGAUACUCUGCAAAUACUCCAAGCCUAAAGACGCCUGAGAGAGACAUAUAAUGGAGACAAUGAAUUAAAACAAACACAUCUGACAUGGGGUCUAACUACAUGUCACAAGUUAUUAA